AUGUCACCAAAUAUGGAGAAAUUCGAUCCACUCUCGCCAUUCAAUCGUCUUGCACCCUCAAUUUAUGUCAUGGAACCACGAAGAGAACCCACAAAAGACGACAAGAGCCCUUCGACAAUUCUCCUACCGUUCUGGAUGAAUGCACCUCCACGCGCAGCAGUUAAAUACGUCGUUAAAUAUGCCGAGCUCGUUCCCUCAGCACGCAUCAUCUUCUUACUUACCGACACACGAGAUUUCUACAUCUCACGAGCUGCUCAUGAGCUUCGAUUGAAGCCUGUAAUCGAUAUUCUCGCUGCUGCCCUGGCUGACAAGGAGGAAACAUCAGAAAACGCAUGUGAUAAUGCAGUAUACAUCCAUCUUUUCUCCAACGGCGGCGUAUUCGCAACAGCUCAGUUGUUACAAGCAUACAAAACUGCUACGGGUAGGCCAUUACGAGUGUCAAACAUGAUCUUGGAUAGUGCACCCGGUCGACCGACACCGUCAUUAUCUAUCAAGGCAUUAUCAUUCGGUCUCCCGCAGACGAUUAUCCUCCGACAGCUCAGUUACGCGCUAUUGACUGCCAUGAUAUGGAGCACAUACCUAAGCCGAAAAUUCUUGAGCAUGAUGUGGAGAUUAUUCUGGAAACAACCUGACAAAAAUGAUGGUGUCGUUUACGGCGAUGAUCCAUUAACAUAUACGCGAAAGACGAUUUUGGAUCCUGAGUUUGUUGUCGCGAGAACCUCAGCAGAGAGGACUAGGAUGUGUUAUAUAUAUUCGGAUUCGGAUGAGUUGGUACCUUGGAAGGAUGUCGAGGAACAUGCGGCUCUGGCGUCGAACAGUAAGAAUGGGGCUAAGGUUGUGGAAAUGGAGCGGUUCAGUGGGACGCCGCAUGUUGGGCAUAUGAGAAGUGAUCCAGAGAGACUUGGUUAUAACCAUCAGACUACUCUGCGUCUACCUAAGAUUAUCGCAGCAGGUAUGGAAGGAUUAGACAGCGCACUAACAUGCCCUCUGAUUUGA